AUGGCCGAGUCACCUACUUUCAAGCUCGUCCUUGUCGGCGAUGGCGGUACUGGAAAGACCACCUUCGUCAAGCGUCACUUGACUGGUGAAUUCGAGAAGAAGUAUAUGGCCACUCUUGGUGUCGAGGUUCACCCUCUUGGCUUCACGACCAACUUCGGUAACAUCACCUUCGAUGUGUGGGAUACCGCCGGUCAGGAGAAGUUUGGUGGUCUCCGUGAUGGUUACUACAUCAACGGCCAGUGCGGUAUCAUCAUGUUCGACGUAACGUCCCGAAUCACCUACAAGAACGUCCCCAACUGGCACCGUGAUUUGGUUCGUGUCUGCGAGAACAUCCCCAUUGUUCUCUGCGGUAACAAGGUCGACGUGAAGGAGCGCAAGGUCAAGGCCAAGACCAUCACUUUCCACCGCAAGAAGAACUUGCAAUACUACGACAUCUCCGCUAAGUCCAACUAUAACUUCGAGAAGCCCUUCCUCUGGCUCGCUCGAAAGCUCGUUGGCAACCCUCAACUGGAAUUCGUCGCUGCACCCGCUCUUGCGCCCCCCACUGCCCAGGUCGACCAAGAGCUCCUUAAGCAAUACCAGAAGGAGAUGGACGAGGCUGCUAACAUGCCGCUACCGGGUGAGGACGAGGAUGAUGACUUGUAA